CGCUCCUCAUCCUCCUCUUCAUCCCCUUCAUCAUCCUCAUCUCCUGGACGCUGGGAUGGCGAGCCUCCUCCUCCUCCUCCUCCUCGUGCUGCUGCUCCUCAGCGGGACGCCGGCUCAGAGGGUCAGAGCUGGUCGUCAGAACAUGAGAGUUCGGAUCAAGGCCAGCGGCGACACCAUCGUGAUGCAGUUCGUGCGUUCGAGCCCGGACGUGAAGCUGGAAGGUUUCAUCCUGGGCUACGGCAGCGGCCUGUUCUCCAGACAGUGGGUCCAGCUGCCGGAGGACGGACGGGCCUUCGAGGCCGAGAUGGACGCAGAGCCAAAGUACCUGGUGGCCGUUCAGCCAAUCCCAGUCAACGAUGUGAAGAAGCACUGCACAGGUCAACUGAACCUGGACAAAGCGCUGCACCUGGUGAUCGGCUCCGUCAGCCCCACGGCCGUGCUGCUGUCCUGGGGACACGACCUGAAGACGCCGUACGAAGGAGACGUCCUGGAGGAGUGUCUGGAGGACGGGUUUUACACCAUCCGCUACAGAGAGAGGAACAGGAAGUGGAAUUAUCAGACCUGCCCCACCAGCGACACCGUCAUCGACAACCUGAAACCAAACACGGCGUACGAGUUCGGCGUCCGAUCCAACAAGGACGAGCGCAGCGGCGCGUGGAGCAAACCGGUCGUUCACAACAUGAACAAUAAAAAUGCUCAGAAGACGUUUCAGCUGCGUCACCCUCUGGUCAAACCGCUGAAGCCUCACGGAGCUCACGCUCUGUUCCCCCCCCGUCCUGCUCUACACAACCGCACACAGCCUCGACUGUCUCCCCUCAGACACCCGGGGUUCCCCGGAGCGCCGCGCACGUCUAUCGUUACCGGACAUCGCCACCGGGGCAUGUCCCCGCCCAAACCAGCCUUAUGGCACCGACACCGACUGGUGAACAACUCGCUGCUGGACGACACGUCUCCGCUCCCGGACGUGUUCGCCCGCUCUGGGCCCGGGGUCGAGGACCAGCGGUUUCACGGUAACGGCCUCGGUGUCGCCUCUCUCUCCUCGUGCUCGCUCGCCGCCUGGCGCUUCCUCCGCUCUGCGCUGCCAGCUCUGCAUGGCCGUCCUGGAUGUCGACAGACGAAUCUGUUUGUUUCAGGCUCUCCGGCUCGUCCCCUCAACAAGAGGCCGAACCUGGUGGGGAAACCUGGAGAAACAGACAAAGUCAACGACUUCAGGCUGACGGACAAGUUACAGAUCCUCAAACCCAAAGUCCCUCUAGCCUCCGCCAAACCAGAGCGGAGACAGACCACCACCACCGCCACCACCACCCCCACGACCACCACCAUGACCACCACCACGACCACGGUGGCACCGACACCUGCGACUCGACAGGAAACGUGGGAAGACUCCGACCUGUUCAAGUCUCAGCCGACCUCAGAAAUCGACGCCAUGGGAAAUAAAAGAUUUGUUGCUCCUCACGUUGUUUAUCAAACAGGAAAGAGACCGGACGAGCCGUGUUCCAUCACCUCCUCCCUCAGCUACUUCCCUGGACACGAACAGGGGGAAGCCAACGCUACUGCGCCGCCCAAGACUCCGCCCUCAAACCUCACAGUGGUGACGGUGGAGGGGUGUCCAUCCUUCAUCAUCCUAGACUGGGAGAAAACCGACAACAGCACCACGGAGUAUGAAGUCAUCUCCACCGCUAAAGGACCUGAUGGCGAGCAGGUUUCCAUCCUGACGACCAACCAGACUCACACGGCGGUGGAGAACCUCAAACCUGAGAGCAGUUAUGAGUUCAAGGUGAAACCAAAGAACGAUCUGGGUUCGGGUCCGUCCAGCGAACCAGUUUCCUUCAACACAGAAUCAGCCGACCCUCGAGUGAGCGAGAACGUGUCAGGUAAAGACGCCAUCUGGACUAAGUUCCCCUUUAAGACGGACUCGUACUCCGACUGUCACGGGAAACAGUACGUGAAGAGGACCUGGUACCGGAAGUUUGUUGGUGUCCAGCUGUGCAACUCGCUGAGGUACAAGAUCUACCUGAGCGACUCGCUCAAAGGUAAAUUCUACAACGUCGGAGAUCAGAGCGGCUUCGGCGAGGAUCACUGUCAGUUUGUCGAUUCCUUCCUGGAUGGAAGAACGGGUCGAAAGCUGCGAGCCGACCAGCUGCCGCCCAGACCCGGUUUCUACAGAGCCGUGCGACAGGAGCCUGUCCACUUCGGACAGAUAGGAGGACACUCCCACGUCAGCUACGUCUCUUGGUACGAGUGUGGAACGCCAAUCCCAGGAAAGUGGUAGACGGACCCGAGCUCAGAGCCGUCCUGGGAGAUGCCUGAAAGACGAGCAGGUCCUGAGAACGAGCCGGAGCUGAGACGUCAGAACCCAGAGCUUCAGAAACAUGGACUUCAUGGUCAGGGAACUUAAACUGAAUCAGUAAACGUGUGUCGUCUUCUGUAUUUAUCAAAGUGACGUUCGUUUCCUGUGCAGUAAAACAAAUCUCACGUUAUAGAUUUGAUUUUGUAUUCAUGGGAAGCUGGCUCCCUGUUUUCAUGUUAUUUAUCUGAAGCUCUUUGGUCACAUGACUCCACCACGGAGACGCUUCUUCUUCUUCUUUAAAAUGGAAACAAGACGACGUCCUGCUUCACUUCCUCCUCUGUCACAAACUGGAUCUAAACAGAACAGAAUAAUAACAACGAGACGUAAACUCAUCAACAGCCGACCAAUUCACUUUUCAGGAAUCAAAAAAUCUGAGAAGAAAGUGUAGAAUAUAUAACAGAAGAACCUUUUCUUUCCUCAUCAGGUAUCUGCAGAAUAUGAAACACUUUCUCUUUAUUUAUAAAACAUCAGGAUUUUUUUUUUUUUCAUUUUUACAUAAAAAUCUGCUUAAAGAUCAAUUAUUUGAUGACCGAUGUUGCCGUCUUCUGUGUUCGAUGUUUAAAUUCAGGCCCGAUUUUGUGGGUUUUAACGAUUCGUUCAUUUCCGAAAAUUGUCAUGAAUGCUGCUUCGGACUCACACACAGGAAACAAUAUGGAGGCUUCUACACUUUGCAAUUUGCACAACAAAAAUGUAUUUAUAUGUAUAUGGAGAGAAUGUAUUUUUAUAUACAUUUUUGCAGAUGCAUCCCCAUGGCCUUUCUUUUACGAUAACGUUGUAACUCUUCUUCUUCUCUGACGCUAAGGCAAAAAAUCUGACAGGAGAAAAUGGCUGAUAAAUCUAAAUAUUCAUAUUUAAACAAACUCUUUGUGUAUUUUACCAAACAAACAGACGAUAAAGUUGAGUUAUUGUGGUGGUUAGCAUUGGUUAGCAGAGGUGUAACAACGGCUACUUAAUUCUAAAGCUACGUGGCUAGCUCACCAGCUGCUCAUUACAGCUAGUUAACAAAGAGUGGGAAACUGUUUGUUAUGAGAAUAAUGUCGAGCUGAAAAUGUAAAAUAUGACAUUGGACAAAAAGUCUUUAUAUUUUCAACAUCAAAUCAAACUGGGAACUUUAGCUAAGCUAGCUUCAUUAGCAAGAACAACGCAACGACUGACUUCCUGAAAAUCACAAAAUAUCAAGAUAAGUAUCUGAAAGUUUCAAAGAGAACAAUAAAGUUUGGUAGUGACUAAAGGAAGGUGAGUUAGUCAGUGGGUUUGUAUCUUGCUAAUUAGCCAUGAAGCUCAGGUUUCUAUAGAUUUACGAGUUCACAGGACUUUUAGGUGUAAAAUGUAACACUGGGUUUGUCUAAAUAUAAAAAUCUGACGUUUAUAAGCCGCCAUGUAACUCAAAUGUCGUAGAACAGUCCUUGAUCGGGGCUAAGAGCUAGCAUGCUAAUGUGUUUUUGUCAUUGAGUCAUUCAUUUUCUGUUGUUUUUAAUGUUUGUCCUGGUGACGCUGAACUUUAACGACUCUUCCACCAAAUCAACGUGUCAAAUAUGUUCUGUACGUUUAUUUUUAUUUUAUUUUCAACA